AUGGAGAGGCUGCUGCCCACCCCCCGAGAUAAGCUGAAGGGACUCGAGUCUUGCCUGAGCGUUAUGUGCCUUGUAUGGAGAUACAGAUCAGUCGUUUCCAUCAUUCUGGUUAUUGUGCUCUGUGAUGUUUAUGAAUCAGACGCACAACCAAUUGGAAAAGUUUAUCCUCGUGGAAAUCACUGGGCUGUUGGGCACUUAAUGGGCAAGAAAAGUGCAGAUGAGCAGGUCAGACCUGAGGAUCCAGAAGGCAAUGCUGAGACCUCUAUGACGACUCUAGAUCAGGAUCAGCAGCUGGAAAGAUACAACAAACAUCUGCUGCUGUCACUCUUGCAUACGCUCGUGAGAGGACGGAUGGCACCGAAGAGCAUGCUGGAGGGCACAGAGGAGAUCGACGCUCAUAAACUACGCAUGCUGGAAGAGAGACGUCAGUGGGAGGAAGUUCAUGAGAGAGACAGACAAGUCAAGCAGGCUGAGGACGUCUUGUUGCAGGUUUUAUUAAUGCAGGAUGACAACGAAAGCUGAAGACCAACUGGACAAAAGACUGUGGUUUGAAGUUCACUUGACAACUGGCUUGAUUGAAUACAAAUCUCUUUAUUCAACAACAUAUAAAUAAGCAUGUUAUAUUUUUUUUAUGUCAAUAUCUCUACAAAGAAA